AUGAACCCAAGCUUCUUAGAGCCAAAAUUUCUGGAGCAGGACAGUUGCUUGACAUUUUUCACUCAUAAGGUUGAUGCUACAGGGUCAUAUCAACUCCAAGUUGGCAUAUCCGUUCAAGAUGUUGGUGCAAGAGACAUGCCUAAAUCUCCGUAUAAUAGUUACUCAUACAGUGAUGUCCCACCUUCAUCAUUACCUCAUAUUAUAAGGUUAAGAGCUGGUAAUGUGAUUUUCAACUCCAAGUACUACAACAAUACUAUGCAAAAGACCGAAGGUUCUCGCUUACUCAAACAUUUGGGCUCGUGCGGUUUUCAAAUCCAUUGGCAUUUGCUUGCAUCAUAUACUGGCAUUUUCCUUCCCUAG